UGCUAAUAUAAGGCAAAUAUAUAAAUACAAUGUCGUAGUGUAAUGUUUUAGACAGACUGUUGUGUACAAUUAAUAGAAGAUUAAACAAGAUACAGGAUAAUGGCACCCAAAAUAGAAAGAAUUCUAGAAAACUUCGCAUUAAGUGAAGGCCCUCAUUGGGAUGAAGACACCCAAAGCCUUUAUUUUGUUGACAUUGUGAACCAGAUAAUUAACAAAUACGUACCUGCUACAAAAAAACUUACGACAGCUGCCACAGGUGCACAUGUGUCAUUCAUAAUACCCGUAAAAGGUCAAAAUAAUACGUUUAUCAUAAGUAGAGAACGAGAAGUAAGGGUCAUAACUUGGGAUGGUGAAACUGACAAUUUUUCAGUCGUCAGGAAAUUUGAAACUACUGCUAACUCAAGUGUCAAUGAUGGCAAAUGUGAUUCAACUGGAAGACUGUGGACUGGAACACUUGGAUUGAAUGAAGAAAAUGUUCUAGCUGAAGAGCUAGGUCAUAUAUAUUCUAUCGAAAAGGACAAAAUUACGAAAGUUGCAGAUAAUAUUGCAAUACCUAAUGGACUAGCAUUCAACAAAGAACUUAAAAAAUUUUACUAUAUCGAUUCCCACAAGAAGACCAUAGAUGCAUACGAUUGGGAUAUUGAACAAGGAACCAUUAAAAAUUGUCAGCCCAUAUUCACAUUAGAAACUCACGACAUUCCUGGUAUUGCUGAUGGUAUGACUAUUGAUACAGAUGGUAAUUUAUGGGUAGCAAUAUAUAAUGGUAGCAGAGUCAUCCAAAUUGAUCCAAGAAAGCCAGAAACCCUUCUUUGUACAGUUCCAUUGCCAGCCCAGCAGCCUACAUCAAUUGCUUUUGGUGGGGAAAACUUAGAUGAACUCUAUGUCACCACGGCGCUUCUAGAAUAUGGAACUACUGAAAAAUUAUUACCUCCAGUAAAUGGUGCCGUUUACAGGAUAACCGGAUUAGGAUUUAAGGGCUAUCCUGGUGAAAGUUUUGUUUUAUAAAUAUCCACUGUGUGAAAUAAAAUUGUUUUACUUUAA